AUGGCAAGCUGGACGGAACAGUAUCUGGCCGCCUUGCGAGCAAGGGAUCAAGUGGAAAAGGCAAACCUCGAUCUCUACGACUACUGCACAAAACUCGCGGAUGCAAAGGCCGACUUGCAGAAGAAGGCCACCGUACAGGCCCAGGCGGAUGAUGAAGAGCCGCCGACAUCCCCCCAGCCGUCCAUUAUGGGCAUGGGCAUAGGCUUGAGGAGAGUCGCAUCGCCUGCUUUACGUCCCGACUCGCCCACUAUUGCACAGAUCCGGCAAGAUCUGGCCAAAGCCCAACAGGAGCGAGCCGAACUCCAGUCUCGACUCGACUCAAUGUCACGUGAAUUGGACGGGCUGAAGGCAAAGACACGGUCCGAUAGUAGGAGCAUAGCUCAGCUGAACAGCAAUCUGGCGCAAUUGACCAUCAAACUGCGAGACCGCGACGAGGAACUCCGAGGUAGAGCCAAGUUGAUUGAGAAUGUUCAGGACGAAAAUGUCACCUUGAACCUGCAACUCAACAUGGCCGAGGAACGCUCCGAGAAGUUGAAGAAGGAGAACAAGGAGUUGAUAGACAGGUGGAUGGCCCGGAUGGGCAAAGAAGCUGAUCAUAUGAACGAGGCGCACAGGUUCGGCUGA